CAGGUCUUAUGCUGAUUUUGAAUUCAACACUUAGCCCAAGCUGGUUUUGACCUCACAGAGCUCUGCCUCCCAGGUGCAGGGACUGGUGGUGUGUACCACCAUGCCCUGCCUGACCAGUACUUGUGUUCUUACGUGCCAAGCACUGAGGUGUUUGUUCCUGGUUAAAGAGGCAUUGUGAAGUAAUUUACAUGUUCCAAUUAACUGACCUACCCAGACCAGAUUGCCUCUGGGUCUUAGAUUACCCUCGUGAUUGCUUGGCUUGACCUACCCUCCUACACUGACCUAGGGCUUGAGAAGCUGAUUUUGACUAUAUGAGGCUUGCUGGUGAGUCUUUGUUGUUGUUGUUAUCAUCAUCAUCAUCAUCAUCAUCAUCAUCAUCGUAUCCCUGGUUGUUCUCUCUCUGUGGAUCAGGCUGCCCUUGAACUGACAGAUCUGCCUGCCACUGCAUCCUGAGUGCUGGAUUGAGGUUGUGUGCCAGCACACCCAGCUGAUAACUUAUGACUGUGAAGCAGAAUGAGCUGGGAAAUGUUGCUGUAACCAUUGUGUCUUUGAAUUUAGGCACAAUUACAGAAAACCUUUAAACCUCAGGAAGUUUACCACUGUCGGAGACAAAUAAAGUACAGCAAGGACAAGAUGUGGUACCUGGCAAAGAUGAUACGAGGCAUGUCCAUUGAUCAGGCUUUGGCUCAGCUGGAGUUCAGUGACAAAAAGGGGGCUCAGAUAAUUAAAGAGGUUCUCUUAGAAGCACAAGACAUGGCAGUGAGAGACCAUAAUGUGGAAUUCAGAUCCAACUUACACAUAGCUGAGUCUACCUCAGGUCGAGGCCAGUGCCUGAAGCGCAUCCGUUACCAUGGCCGAGGUCGCUUUGGCAUCAUGGAGAAGGUCUAUUGCCACUAUUUUGUGAAGCUGGUAGAAGGACCCCCACCCCGACCUGAAGCACCCAAGACGGCAGUUGACCACGCCAAGGAGUAUAUUGAGCAGCUUCGCAGCCGGACCAUCAUCCAUACUCUAUGAGAUCUGUGCCCGUCAUUCUGGCUACGCAGUGUAUAUACUUUACAUUCAUUUUAAAAAGUAAAAACAAAUGAUUUUUA